GCAAGCGAGCGCGCGGGUAGCUCAAUGAGCCGAGGAGGAGGAUUCAGCGGGAGCAUGGCGGCGCCGCCGCUCGGUGCGGAGCGGCGCCUUCUCUGCAGCCUCUUCCUAGCCGCCGCGCUGUUCGGCGUCGCGUCCGCGGCGACGCGGCGCCACGACUGGGACGUCAGCUACCAGUUCGCCUCCCCGGACUGCGUCCGCAAGCUCGCCGUCACCAUCAACGGCCACACCCCGGGCCCGACCAUCCGCGCCGUCCAGGGCGACACCGUGGUCGUCAGCGUCAAGAACUCGCUGCUGACGGAGAACGUCGCCAUCCACUGGCACGGCAUCCGGCAGAUCGGCACGCCGUGGGCGGACGGCACGGAGGGGGUCACCCAGUGCCCCAUCCUCCCCGGCGACACCUUCAACUACACCUUCGUCGUCGACCGCCCGGGGACGUACAUGUACCACGCCCACUACGGCAUGCAGCGAUCGGCGGGGCUCAACGGCAUGAUCGUCGUCGAGGUGCCGCCCGGCCAGCCGGAGCCGUUCGCCUACGAGAGGGACCACACCGUGCUGCUCAACGACUGGUGGCACAAGAGCACCUACGAACAGACCGCCGGCCUCGCCUCCGUGCCCAUAGUCUGGGUCGGCGAGCCGCAGUCGCUUCUCAUCAACGGCCGCGGCAGGUUCGUCAACUGCUCCUCGUCGCCGGCCACCGCGCCGUCGUGCAACCUGGCGCACCCGGACUGCGCGCCGGCGGUGUUCGCCGUGGUGCCCGGCAAGACGUACCGCUUCCGCAUCGCCAGCGUCACGUCCCUCUCCGCGCUCAACUUCGAGAUCGAGGGCCACGAGAUGACGGUGGUGGAGGCCGACGGGCACUACGUGAAGCCGUUUGUGGUGAAGAACCUCAACAUCUACUCCGGCGAGACCUACUCCGUCCUCAUCACCGCCAACCAGGACCCCAACCGCAACUACUGGCUCGCCUCCAACGUCGUCAGCCGCGAGCCCGGCACGCCCACCGGCACCGCCGUCCUCGCCUACUACGGCGGCCGCUCCAGCCCGCGCGCCCGCCCUCCCACCGCCCCGCCCGCCGGCCCGGCCUGGAACGACACCGCCUACCGCGUCCGCCAGAGCGUCGCCACCGUCGCGCACCCGGCGCACGUCGUCGCGCCGCCGGCGAGCUCCGACCGCACCAUACUGCUGCUCAACACGCAGAACAAGAUCGGCGGCCGGAUCAGGUGGUCGCUCAACAACGUCUCCUUCACGCUCCCCCACACGCCCUACCUCGUGGCCUUGAAGCAGCGCGGGCUCCUCGGCGCCUUCGACCAGCGCCCGCCGCCGGAGACGUACGACCACGCCGGCUACGACGUCUACGCCGUGCCGAAGAACCCCAACGCCACGACCAGCGACGGGCUGUACCGCCUCCGGUUCGGCUCCGUCGUCGACGUCGUGCUGCAGAACGCCAACAUGCUGGCGGCGAACAAAAGCGAGACCCACCCGUGGCACCUCCACGGCCAUGACUUCUGGGUGCUCGGCUACGGCGCCGGCCGCUUCGACCCGGCGGUGCACCCGGCGACGUACAACCUCAAGGACCCCAUCAUGAAGAACACGGUGGCGGUGCACCCCUUCGGCUGGACUGCGCUCCGGUUCCGGGCGGACAACCCCGGCGUGUGGGCGUUCCACUGCCACAUCGAGGCUCACUUCUUCAUGGGCAUGGGCGUCGUCUUCGAGGAGGGCGUCGAGCGCGUCGGCCAGCUCCCACCGGAGAUCAUGGGCUGCGGCAAAACCAGAGGCGGCCACUGAUCGUACUAGUUAACUUACCUGCCACAUCCCAAUAUAUUCAUCACCAAUAUAUUCUUUUGUUUGAUUCAUAGCAAGUUUAAUCCAUAUUAUUAUUUCACACUAUGGAGACAACACUGGAACUUCUAGGAAACUCUCCGGUGUAUUUUAUUGGUAGUAUUAUACUACCAGUAGAAA